UUGUGUAUCGGAGUUGCCUCUUCUCCUCUUCUUCCAAACAUUGAAACUCCCCGUGGUAAUAUCAGACAGUUAGUCAGCUUUCCUUACUCAUCUUCCUUUGCCCCAUCCUCCUACUGCUCUCAUGGUUCAGUCCGUUGCGCCAGUGUUGGUCUUGAAACUGGCUCCCCGCUUGCUACUUCGCUAGCCAACCCCACCGCAAAAGCCGAAAGGCCAACGGGUGGCCUAUGCUAUCCAACUUCUUCAUCCUCCGUUUGCUCCGCCCCUUCAUCUACCCAUUUUCCCGCCGCCGCCCCUGUUAGCAGUGAAGGUGAAUACAACCGUGGUCACUGGGCAAGAACCAGUCUUACCACAUCUCACUGGCAUAGACGUCAUCACCAGCAACAGCACGUCCAGUUCGGAGACGAAUCUGGUUCUACUGAAGGAGACAUCGGCAAUGGCUUCUCCUACUGCAUGAGGACACCGGCAGGAAAUCAAAAGAGAGCCGCAACCACCACCGAGGACAAUAAUUUCUGGCUUAUCAGCGUCCGGUUGUCCGCCCAACGCAGAUACAGAUGUUUUCUUUUUCAUGUUUAUGCGGACUCUAGCGAAAUUAGAUAG